AAUCCAGCCUGUUUUGAGAGAUGUGAGGUAUCUGGCCUCAGUGCAAAUGGCCUGUCUGCCUUGGCUGAGAAGGCAGGGUGGGCUGGAGUUCUGGGCUCUGGAGCCAGGGAGAGUGGCUGUGAGGACCAUCUGGAGGAGGGCCACGAGACCUGUGGCUCCUGGAAGGACCAGCAGCAGGGAGAGAGGCAAUAUUCAAAGCAGCCGGACAUCCCCCUUGGACUCAAGGGGGCUCAGGAAGCCGGGCAUGACCUUGCCCUCCCUAGAGGACGGUGAGCCUGUGUCCUGUGGGUCUCCCACCUGAGGACAGUGUCUACUGGUUCUGGGAAGUCACAGCCAGCGGGGUGACAUUCCAGCCUGAGACUCUGGGAGCUGCCUGGGCCUCCACGCCAUGAACAGCGCCCCGAGGGAUGCCCAGGCCCCCAGCUACCGCGAGUGCCUCCUGCCUUCCAUGGCCCGGACCCCCUCUGUCACCCAGGUCACGCCAGCCAAGAAGAUCACUUUCCUCAAGCGAGGGGAUCCCCAGUUUUCUGGGGUUCGUCUAGCUGUCCACCAACGCACCUUCAAGAGCUUCGGGGCACUGAUGGAUGAGCUCUCGCAGCGCGUGCCUCUCUCCUUUGGGGUGCGCUCCGUCACCACGCCCCGGGGCCUGCACAGCCUCAGUGCCCUGGAGCAGCUGGAGGAUGGUGGGUGCUACCUCUGUUCUGAUAAGAAGCCCCCCAAGACCUCCAGCGGGCCAGGCCAGCCACAGGGGGGAAGCCCCUCUACUCAGCAGUCUCGAGAUGUUGAAGACCGGUGUGAGGCGCCAGGGACAUCCUCAUCCCUGAGGAACCCUAAAGCCCCAAAGAGGAUAAUGCUGGUUAAGAAUGGGGACCCUCGAUUCCAGCAGACAAUGGUGCUCAGUCAUAGAAAUACCAGGAGCCUGUCAGCCUUUCUCAGCAAAGCCUCGGACCUUCUGCACUUUCCCGUGAGGCAGGUGUACACAACCAGUGGGAAAAAGGUGGAUUCUCUGAAGGCUCUGCUGCACAGCCCCCCGGUGCUGGUGUGCGCUGGUCCCGAGUCCUUCAGACCUGCGGCAAUGGAAGGGGUGAGAAGAAGUGGGACUGAGACCUUAUCGGGGCAGACUUCACGGAACAAAAAUGGGAGCUGGGGCCCAAAGGCCAAGCAGAGCGUGAUCCACUCCAGGUCCAGGUUGGGCAGCAGGCUGCGGCAGUUUCCCUUGCUAUCGGAGAGGUCUGGCCUCAGCGACCCCCGGGUGUCCCUGCAUCAUGCCUGGAUGGGUCCUGAUCCCGACAGGCGCCCUGAGGACACGCCUGCCCAGCUCGGCCCGCUGGUGGCCAGUGAUGAUGUUGAGAAGAAGGUCCACGUGAACGAGGACGGCAGCCUGUCUGUGGAGAUGAAAGUCCGCUUCCACCUACUGGGCAGCGACAUGCUCCUGCGGUCCAGGAGGGGGGGCAGAGCCAGCGCCCUCACAGCAACCAGUGGGGACGGCCAUCCUGGGGGCUCCUCGGAGCCUGGGACACAAGGACUGGGGACCCAAGAGGUAGCAUGCAAGGAAGCCUUUGAACAAGGCAGGUGGCAGCCAGGGUCCAGAUAUGAGAUCUGGAUGAACCCCCUGUACGCUGCCCAUGAAGAGGGGACAGCAGCUCCGGGUAGGGCUAGGCCAGCCCCCCAUGCCCAUUCCGGGGGCCGCUGGAGCCGAGGGGUUGCUGGCAGGAAAAGCAGCAGCAAGGACAGUGUCAGCCCUGCCUCCAGUGACAGACCCCCCGAAGGCUCGGAGCCAAAUUCCUCCUGCUGCUCCAGGUCCCCAGAGGGUAGCGUGGGCAGCGGUGACCUGCAUCUGUCCCCCAGGGCCACCUCCCAGAGAGGACCAGAGUGGGGAGCUGGCCAUGUACCCCAGGUCAGUGGGGGCCCAGGUUCAGAGGGAGGAGGGCUGGGCAGCAGGGACCACAGCUGCCUGAAACCCAGGACCCAACGUGUGACAGGUGCUCUCUCGGACUCCUCAGCUAGUGCCGGGUCUCAUGAGGAGUCCAGUGAAAGGGGCAAGUGGCACCAGGGCCACCAGAGCAAGACAAGGGCCAUGACUUCCCCACGGAAGGCCACCCAUAGGGGAGGCCCCUGUUCCUCCACCAUGAACCUCUCAUGUUUGGGGAACAAGGACCCAUGGGAAAAGGGGAACGGACCAGGUCCCAGACACACGCAGGCCAGGGAUGAGUGUGGGGUGAGACAGCAGCUGGCUUCAGGCCAUUUUAGCUCUGGGGACAUUGCAGAAGGUUGUUCCCUGUCUUCUACCUGCAUCUCAGCCACAGGCAGGAGAAGAAAGCAGGAGAGCAGAGCUAGUGCUGUGGCCUCACCCAGCAGUUCUGGCCUUGGCCGAGGGCUCCAGAGAGGCUGCCCGAGGCAGCACCUCGGACAAAGGGACACCCACUGCCCACUCAACUCACCUGUGUCCAGGCAAACACAGGGGCCUCCCAGCACAGGCAGGGGCUGCCCAGCCAGCCCAGCACCACACUUUCCUGGGAGCUCAUCUAGCACCAGGAACCCAGUGUCCCGGGACCCAGAGCCACACCCCUCUGCCUCUCUACAUUCCCAGGAUGCGAGGGGGGUCAGCAGUGCCCCCGUCACUCCUAUGAGUGAUUCAGACUGUGUUUCUGAUCUCUGCCCUGCCUACUCUCCCACGGACAGGAACCCUGAGUUCAGGGCAAACUCACUUUGCAAUUCAUCGGACUCUUGCAGCUCCCUAGCCAACAGCCAGGGUGAAAACAUAGGGGGUGAUGUCCCCAAGCCUCCCUGGCACUUGCCUCUGCCUGUUGGACAGCAUGAGGUGAGGCAGCCAGCAGCCCAGCAAGGGGGCUGCAGGACCCCCUGUGGGGAGACGCACGCCCAGACUCAGGGCAGCCCGGAGCCUGUCUCUGAGGCCCCCCUGGUGUGCAGCAGGCACUGUCCCACUCUCCCCAGGGCGCAGUCUUCUGUCAAGAACCAUGGUCUCCCAUGCAGCAGCAAUGGAGACCACAGGGCAGCUUCAGGGCCAGGGGGCACCACCCUGGGAGAGGAACAGCUUGAUGCACAGCGCCCAUGCCCCCCCAGCUCUCAGUCAGGGGGCCCUGGCAGAGCCGUCAGAGCAGUGAGAAGGGGCAGCCUGGAAGCCAGGCCUGCGAGGAUGUGCCAGGGCCAGGUCGCUGGUGGAGGGGCUGGUCUGGAGGAGCGAGAGGACAAGGGCAGCGUGACACUGGGUGCCCUGCCCCGAGCCUCGCCAGAAGCCGUGGUCCGUGAAUGGCUGAGCAACAUCCCGGAGGAGCCCGAGCCCGCGAAGUACGAGACGGUGGAUGGUAGUGUGGGUGUGGCCGGGGACGGCACGGAAGGCCCCACUGAGGACCCUGCAGACAGACAUUCCCCCAGAAGCCUGGAGGAGCCAGCUCAGGCCAGACAACGGUCCCUGGAAGGGGCCACCAGUGAGAAAGCGGAACCAGAGGGACCCCUCCCAGUGACUGGUGACGCUGGUCCCCAGCCAGGAGAGGGUCUUCCUCACAGUGGGGUUUCGGAAGCCCCCACGGAGGCCAGAGCAGGUGGAGCGGCAGCUGGGGACUGUGGUGUGGGCCAGUGCGUGCUUCCCCGCAGGGUCUCUGCCUCCGUACAGGUCAUGAAAGCACUGAUGGGCUGCAAGCAGGGCCGGCCCAGCAGCCUGCCCGAAGUGUCCGGCCCGGUGGGCAGGAGGCUCAGCCGCUCCGCCCAGGCCCUCGUCAUGUGUCUCGCCAGGCUCCAUUUCUUUGAUGAAGAUCUUGGGUCUCCCACCAGCAAAGUGAGGUUCACAGACUCUCCUCAGUACCAGGAGCUCCUGAGCACCUUCCAGGCCUUGUGGCCGAGGUGUGGCCUCGGGCCAGGUGAGCUGGACUCAGGCCUCCGGGAGUUCGGCAGGUGCCAGGCUCUGCCAGGCCUCAGGUCCCAGGCUGUGACUGAGGACUUCACACCAACAUCCUCUUCUGGUGUGGAUGUCGGAAGUGGUUCUGGAGGCUCAGGGGAGGGCAGGGGACCCUGUGCCGUGGACUGUGCCCUGGUCUCUGAGAGGAUAGACCUGCCCUUGGAAAUCCCCUACCAGAGGCCUGAUUCCAGAACCUCAGAGAACCCAGAGGAACUGGGAAGGCAGCAGCUGAGUGGUUGCAUGGCCUCCUCAAGUUCGCAAGCACGGGCUUGCGCCACCAGGAAGGGCGAGGCAGAGGGAAGCAGUGGGGGGCAGAUGCUGGGUGGCAACCUGGACCAAGUAGGCAAGAGCAGGAUGCAAGGAGAGGCAGUGCAGUUAGAGAAAAUAACAGAAGAAGAAGAGAGAGCAGAACUGCAAGGGGAGGCUGUCGGUGGAUUUCUGGAAGAGGAAAGGGCCAUGGGACAGGAAUUAUCAGGGGCUGGCUCUCAGGAAGGGGAGGGUGCACGGGACCAAGAGAGUGUGCAGGAAGAGGAAGCAGGAACAGACCCUGCCUCCGCCAUGCUGAGCCCUGCAGGGAGGAGAGAGACACGGGCAGAGACCCUUGGGAGCCUCGGUGAGAGGGACUCAAAUGCCAGUGGAAGUCAAAGUGGUCCCAACAUGGAGCCCUGUUUGGAGGAGCUGCCCAGAGCUGCUGGGACAAGCCAUGAGCAAACCCAGGCCAAGUCCACCCAGCAGGCUGGAGAGAAGGGCUCUCCUGCUGCUCACAGGGUGUCUCUGGACCCUGACCCCCUUUGGGUGUCCAGUCUGCUGAGGAAGAUGGAGAAGGCCUUCAUGGCCCACCUGGCCAGCGCCACAGCCUCGCUCCGAGCCCGCUGGAGCCUACAGGGCCAUGAACUGUUGGACCAGAUGGUGGCUGAGCUGCAGCAGGAUGUUGGCCAGCGGCUCCAAGACAGCACAGUAAAGGAGCUGCGAAAGAUCCAGAGCCGGGCUGGGAGGAAGGCGCCGGGGCCUCCCAAGGUAGCCCUCAGGUGGGAGACGUCCCAGCAGACAGAGCAGCGCAGACAUCGCCUCCGGGGCCUGCGCAACCUCUCGGCCUUCUCAGAGCAGCCCCUGGCCCGGGGCACACUGUCCCUCUCCCUGGAGGGCGUGCCAAACCUCAGUGGAGCCCUGGGGACCCAGCUGGGUGGCAAGGCCGAGGAGGAGGAGUUCUGUCCCUGUGAGGCCUGCCUGAGGAAGAAAGUGAUCCCUGCGUCCCCGAAGAGCACAGUGGGCAUAGCCAGUCUACCCAUCAAAGAGGCCUUUGACCUGCAGCAAAUUCUGCAGAAGAAAAAAGGAGGGUGUGCGAGUGGGGAGACAGCAGGCAGGGCCCCCGAGAAGACAGGGAUGGAGCUGCAUCAGAGGGACCCCUCGGGGACUGGGACUGUCCAGGGAGCUGAUGGAGGCCUGGAGCCGGGGUUAGGCCAGGGCGCUGGGGCCAGGGAGGGAGAUGAGGACGAGGACAGCCAGACCCUCAGCAGAGGUGAAGAUGCAGAAGGAGCAGAGGAAGAUGCAGCUGCUUGGCAGAGAGGAGGGAACACAGGCCCCCGUGCAGGCCGCCACCCAGAGGCAGUGGAGUGGGAGGAGCGGGCUGUAGGGCUCAGGGAAGGGAACCCAGAGUGGGGCUCUGGGGCCCGAGGUCCAAGUAGACAAAAUGAUGGUGCCGACACCGUAGAGGUCCAGGGAACUGAAGGAGAGGGACAGCCAGCGUCAAGAAGAGGAAGUCAAGGUGAGAAAGAAGGGAGUCCACAGGCUGGCCCGAGGUGGGGCCAGUCAGGCGAGGCUUCUGGACCCAGCAGCUCAGACCCAGAGAGGCGGCCCACGCCAGCCCUUGCAGCAGGUGAAGACACCCUCAGCCACGGGUCAGGCACGAAAACAGGCCUCUCCUGGUCCAGAACAUCCUCUCUAGGAAACUGCUCUCAGCUCUCCCAGAAAGGCUCCGAAGAGGAGCUUUCAACUGGAGAUAUGAGGACCUUUAGCGAUGAGCCCAAGGGAGUCCCUGCUUCAGAGAGAAGAGUCACAGACAUGUAUCCAGAAAGCUCCACCUCUGAGCAAGAAGGGCCCUCCGCGGGCUCCGGGACUCCAGAGCCAGGGACAGGCGAAGGUCUGAGCCCUGAGCCCAGACCCGGCCAAGCCUCUGACUUAGAAGCUGAGGAGGUAGUUAAACGUCUCUCUGGGACAGAAAGGAGGCUUAGCAACCUCACCACGGACAGGACAGACGGCUUUGACCAAGACGAUUUAGAUUUCUAGAGAUCCAGCUGUGAGGUGGUCAUGAGUCUGGAGCUCUGUUUUCACUCAUAUUUUGUCUACAAACCGGAGUGUGGCUCAGCCCCCUGGGGAUGUGUGAACGUGGGGGGAAGAUCAAAGGCGUGCCGAGGACUCGGCCACUCCUUGGUGUCCGGGAGCUUCAGAGGGCCGCCGCCUGCCCACCCGCCCGCCCCAUGCUCUGUGUGCGAGAGUUUAUCUCAGAUCUGCCCUGUUAUCGCAGGUCAGCCAGCCCCGCCGUUUCCCUGCAGAGCCCAGGAGGACGGGACUGACUGGAAAUGCUCCAGGGGAGUUUUUGUUUGUGUGUUUGUUUGUUUUUUUUUUUUCUAGCAAAUGUUUCUCAUUCUUUUGCCUAUUGAUCUCCUGUUAUUUUUCUCCUUGGCCUCUCUUGGCACUCACCUCGUUCGACUUUGAGGUACUUUUCUGUAGUCUUGAAUAUAUUUGGUGACUCUGCAGAUGUGAAAAAAUUCAGGGAGAAGCAGAUAAAUUCAGGGUCAUUGGGCAAAGUUUGCUCUCAGCCCCAAAGUCCCAGUGUAUUUCCUUAAUUUGUGUAUAUAUUUUUGGGGGGUAACAGAAACACCUGGAACAGGCAGAAAAGCAGAAAGAAGGAAACUGGCCACCCACGAUCCCAUCGCUCAGAGAGAACUUGCGUUAGAGGUUGGGCGUUUUUUCUAACAAAUGGUCUUUCUAACCACUUGAUAGUGGAUGUCUCCCUCAUACAGUCCUUUUUCUAACUUAACAAUGUAAGAAUUUCCCCUCUUUAUCUUCAGAUCUUCAUAAACCUAUUUUAAUAACUGAAUAAUACAUCAUGAGAAUAUAAAAUACUCUACUGUACCAUUGUACUCUUGUUGACCUUUUAGAUGGUU